GCUUCCAUUCAGACCGGUUGUAGCAGGAAAUCUCUGCGCUGUGAACGACGACGACAUCCGCCCGUCACAAGUCCUCCGUCCCCCCCCAAGUCUUCUUCGGUCGAGCCUGUGCUCCUCGCGGGAUUCUGAUUUUGACACAGAGUGUAACAACCCUGGGUGUGACAGCUCGCGGAGCUCUGUUGCGUAGAGGAGUUAGGAGUUAGGAGGCCACGAGCGCCGCGCCAGUGUGCACAGGUUGUGAGCAAUUACUAGCCCUGGCUCUGGGUAGUGAGUGAUCCGUCAUUGUCGUGCCAUCGUGUGACUCAUCGCCGACCCCCCCCCGACCUGACUGUCUGGCCCGUCCUGGGAGCCGGUGCAAUCGCAACGCCACCACCACCACCAGCAACCAGCCCCCGAUCAAUCCCAUCCCCGGUAGCUCCGACAUCCGGCAGCGCGCGCACGUCACGUCCGACCGACACCGGACACCGAAGAACGAGUGUGAGGAUGUCCGACUCGGUGGAAGUAGAGCAGAUGGCCGAAGCCAAGCCACGAAAGAUGGCACUACCAACCUCGCUCGACAAGGAUGCGAUCCGGGAAGCGUACGAGGACGUGCGCUCCAAUCUAACCGAUAACGAGUGGGCCGUGUUCAAGUUCGACGGGCUGAAAAUCGUCUGCUCGGCCAAAGGUCAAGGCUUCCAGGAACUGUGCGACGAAUUUCAAGACGACGAGCGUGCCUUCGGCUACGUCCGAAUACAGAUGGGCGACGAGAUGUCCAAACGCAGCAAAUUUCUGUUCCUCACGUGGAUUGGGCCGGAGGUUGGCGUGAUGCAGCGUGCCAAGAUGUCUACCGACAAGUCGAUCAUCAAGGAUGUGAUCAAUAACUUUGCCGUUGAACUGCAAGUCGAAACGAGUGCCGAUUUGGACCUGGAAAUGUUCAAGAUGCACCUGAACAAGGCGGGCGGCGCCAACUAUGGCACAGGCGUACGGGACCUGUAAGCGCGCUGUGUGCCGAUAGAACGUAGGAAAAGAAGAGCGAGAGCGGACCAAUGCACGACCGGGACCUUCGUUUGUCCGCGACGAAGGGAUCGCGGGUCCUGUUGUAGCAUGUAACAGCGCCAAAAAAAAGAAAACAACGGAAAACGUUAAUGGAACAUUCGAUUUUUCGACGAAAACCCGACGAGAGGACCUGACGUCGCUCGCAUCAAACGACGGCCACUAAACCAGCGACAAACGCGCGCAACCUUAGGAUUUAGAUUGUACGUGUUUACAAAUCUGCUAUUUAACACUCGUCUACCAAUGUGCUCAUUGCUGCCUCGUUGGAUGGUGGUGUCACCUUCGUAGCCGAUGGGGACACUUCAUCGAUUUCUCUAUCGUUCCUUGUUAUCUAAAUCUAACGCUUUUGGCAUUCCGGUUUCAGUCUCAUCGAUGAGCGAUCGCAGAGAUUGUUUCAAUUUUCACCCGUGUUCGAUCUCAUCAGUUCGCCCGUCUGCUUAACGCUUCACGCACGCAUUUCAAAGUAUUUUAUAGUUAAGAUAGCGGAACUGUGUUUGCCUCUACCUAUUUGGCUACUACCAUACCAGGGAGCGGACAGACGACGCUCACCACGUACCUGCUUUAUGAUAAACAGCAAGCAGGAUAGGUAAAUGAUGGCAGUACACGAUGCCGAAGUUAAAAAGACGUAACAGAAAUUAUAAAUUCAUAAUUCUUAACCUGAAAAGCGCACACACCAUAGAUAGUCCGCACAAAAUACAACUUGCGACUUGCGAAACAAACAAGGAAAACAAGAGGAAAGGCACAAUGCAGGGGGAAAGGAGUGCAUACAGUGCGGCAAUGCUUCCUGCUUAAAAUCGUUACAUAAAGUGGGCAAAAACUGUCCGACUGUUUUGCGAGUGUAUAUCCAUGCCACCAGUAGGAAGAACUAUUUAUCUGCAAUGUUGUGAUUGGAUACAUAAUGGAUGAAAAAUUAAAUAAAGUGAACGAAAACCCCCUCUAUAUCGGUAGAGUUAAACAUGGAACAAACAGCAAUACCUACCUGUUGCGGAAGAAACUUUGCCCAAGUUGGUGACUAACGUAGCAACACCAUUCACUGCACGGGGUGGACGAAUCCAUCUUAUCUGAGGACACUGUUCGGCUGUAGGUACAUGCGCAACCUGAUUUCACGAUAUUUUUUUUUGUCAUUGCCAAAUCAGUGCGUUUUGUACUGCCCAAAACCCGCGAAAACCCGAUUAGCACGAAAGUUAACAGGAAGCCAAGUGAACGAGUUAAAAAAAAAGCUGUGCACCCAUCUAAAACGAAAAUGAGGAAUUAAUUAACAAGAAAAAAGGGGAAGCUGCCCAGCAAUUUUUUUUUUUACAGCAAGUGAAAGGAACUGACUUUGUGUUUAAUGCAAUCUACCCAAAACAAAAAAAAAACAAUAUGAAAUUAAUCUUUCCCGACCUAGCAUGUAAGGAUUUAACCACUCCAGCCUAGUUUUGUUUCCUACCAACCCGUCCUAUGGCAGUACGCCGUAAAGUGCAGGGUUUAUGUUAAAGGUCGAAUGGUUUUCGGUGUUUCUGGUUUUCGCCAUCUGCCUUCGGCACAAACGAGAAAUGCACUCAGAAACCAACCGAACACCGCUUCGGGAGAGAACCGAUUGUACGCCACUGAAAAUAUUCUC